AGACCCGUACGAAGGCAAACAAACCACUUCCUCGAAGUUGGUGUUGCUCAGAGGAGCACAGCGAUGCGAGUGAUGUCUACUCUAACUCUUAUUCUCUUUUGUGCAAUAAUAUGUUGUACCGUGACAGAAAAAACAUCAAAUGUUUUAUCUCCUAACAUUAUUAUCAUGCUCAUGGAUGACAUGGGUUGGGGGGACUUGGGGGUGUUUGGUCAGCCCUCUAAAGAGACUCCCAACCUGGAUGCCAUGGCUGCUCAAGGCAUGCUGCUUCCAAAUUUCUACACUGCGAACCCACUCUGUUCUCCAUCCAGAGCUGCACUUCUCACCGGGAGGCUGCCUGUCAGAAACGGAUUCUACACCACGAAUGCCCACGCCAGAAACGCAUACACACCACAGGAGAUAGUGGGAGGAAUCUCUAAGGAUGAGAUUUUGAUACCCCAGAUGCUGAAGAAAAAGGGCUAUGUCAGCAAGAUAGUUGGCAAGUGGCAUCUGGGCCACAGGCCGCAGUACCUGCCUCUGGAGAAGGGUUUUGAUGAAUGGUUUGGUGCACCCGACUGCCACUUUGGCCCUUACAACAGCAGCAUCCGACCCAACAUCCCUGUCUACAACAACUCUGAGAUGCUUGGCAGAUACUAUGAGGAGUUUAAGAUAGACAGGAAGUCUGGAGAGUCCAACCUCACUCAAAUGUACUUGCUGGAAGGUCUUGACUUCAUACUUCGUCAGACUGAGGACCAACGGCCCUUCUUCCUCUACUGGGCAGCCGACGCCACUCACGCCCCUGUCUAUGCCUCCAAACGCUUCCUAGGGAAGAGCCAACGUGGCCGGUAUGGUGAUGCAGUGAUGGAGCUAGACUACAGCGUCGGUCAGAUCUUGUCAUUGCUGCGGAAUCUGGCCAUUGAAAAUAAUACCUUUGUCUUCUUCACUUCAGACAACGGAGCUGCUCUGGUGUCUGGCCCAAAUGAAAGCGGGAGCAACGGGCCAUUCCUCUGCGGAAAGCAGACAACAUUUGAAGGGGGCAUGAGGGAGCCUGCCAUUGCCUGGUGGCCUGGGCACAUUGAAGGAGGCACGGUGAAUUUCCAGUUAGCCAAUGUGAUGGACCUGUUCACCACCAGUCUGGCUGUGGCCGGCAUCACCCCUCCUGAUGACAGAACCCUGGAUGGACUGGACCUGACACCAGUCCUGCUAAACUGCCCACACACACUCAAAAACAGGCCAAUCUUCUAUUACCGUGGGAAUGAGCUGAUGGCCGUUAGGCUUGGACAAUACAAGGCACACUACUGGACCUGGAGCAACUCAUGGGAAGAGUUUAAAAACGGCAUCAACUUCUGUCCAGGUCAAGAGGUCCAAGGUGUGACUACUCACAACCAAAAAGAGCACACACUGCAGCCAAUCAUUUUUCACCUGGGGCGGGAUCCUGGGGAAAAGUUCCCCAUCAGUUCACUUUUCACCACUCAGCUGCUGUCCCUCUGCAUCCACAUCCACUGGGACUGUUCUCCUCCAUCCUAUGUUUUGACUAAGGAGUACCAUGAUGUGUUGAGCAGUAUCUCUCCAGUUGUGGAGCAGCAUAAGAAGACCCUGGUGCCAGGUGUUCCCCAGCUCAACAUGUGUGACUUGGCGGUGAUGAAUUGGGCCCCUGCAGGAUGUGAGAAGUUAGGAAAGUGUCUUAAAGUGCCCAAGUCCGAGCCCUGGAAAUGUGACUGGCCACACUGAGACGAUGAGGAAGCAAAACCUGAAGAUGUGCCUUUCUACAGAACAACAGACAACCCUAUUAUUUAAAAGGAUAUGUUUCUGAAUUCUUUGUAAAAUAGUUGAUGUACAAUGUUAAAGAGAAUGCCAUGUAAACCAAGGGAAUAAUGUUGAUAUAACAACUACAUUGAUUAUGCAAUUAGCUUUUUAUAGCUGUGAUUUUAAUGAGCCAUUUUAAAGUUCUACCUGUUCUGAA